CAAGAGAAGGCCGGCGGGGCGGAGAAAGUCUUGGGUUUCUGGGACCUGAGGAACCAUGGGUUCAAGUUCCGAUCCUGAACCCCAAGCAGCCCAGGCUCCCGUUGGGCGGCUUAGGUUCAGCUGGAAUUCGGCAGACCCACCUCAGAGAGAGCGCUGUCUUUGUUGGAAAAUGUGCGUCCUCUUUGAAGUUGCCAAUUUUAGUUUAAGGUCCUUAAAGGUUUUCGUACCCAACGUUUCACGCCACUGGCCAGUUUUCUAUUUUCUAGGCUAACGGACCCUGCUGGAAUUUGCGCCUCGCGUAUCCUGGGGCUUCUGAUACCCUCCACCAGGCCUGAACUUGGGACCCACCGGCACCCCGUUCAGAGUGUCAGGGAGUAUCAGAGAUCAGAGAUCUUCGAGCUCUACCACACAGAAGGCACCAGAAACGUCUGGUCCUCAAGGGGCACCUCCUUGUUGAUCCAUCCGUUGCCCGCUGGAGGAAGAGGAGCAGCUCUCACCCUGGGGCCCUCCGGCCUCGUAAGAACCACAAGUCCUCGAAGUCCCUUGCCGCAGGCUGUUCUCCCUGCUGUUUAACCUCAGGCGCCAGUUUCUUACCUGCUCAGCGGACCAGGAGGCAAGAUGGCGGCUGGGCCAAAUGGGCUCGAGGAGUGGGUGGGCAGUGCCUACCUAUUUGUGGAGUCCUCGCUGGACAAGGUGGUCUUGUCGGAUGCCUACGCUCACCCGCAACAGAAAGUGGCGGUGUACAGGGCUCUGCGGACUGCCCUGGCAGAGAGUGGCGGGAGCCCCGACGUGCUGCAGAUGCUCAAGAUCCACCGCAGCGAUCCGCAGCUGAUCGUGCAGUUGCGUUUCAGCGGGCGCCAGGCCUGCGGCCGCUUCCUCCGCACCUACCGCGAGGGGGCACUGCGCGCCGCGCUGCAAGGGUGCUUGGCGGCGGAGCUGACCCUGCACUCCGUGCCGCUGCAACUGGAGCUGCGCGCCGGCGCGGAGCAGCUAGAUGCCUUGCUGACCGACGAGGAGCGCUGUUUGAAUUGCAUCUUCGCCCAGAAGCCCGACCGGCUCCGGGAUGAGGAACUAACAGAGUUGGAGGAUGCGCUCAGGAAUCUGACGUGCGGCUCGGGGGGCCAAGGGGGCGACGUGGAGGGCGCUCCGGCCCCCUCGCAGUCUCUGGCACCCUCUCCGUCGGAGGAGAAGCCACCGCCGCCGCCGCCGCCGCCGUCUGGCCAGACUUUUCUGUUCCAUGGUCAGCCCGUAGUGAACCGGCCGCUGAGCCUGCAGGACCAACAGACGUUCGCGCGCUCAGUGGGCCUCAAGUGGCGCAAGGUGGGGCGCUCCUUGCAGCGCGGCUGUCGUGCAUUGCGGGACCCGGCGCUUGACUCACUGGCCUAUGAAUACGAGCGUGAAGGGCUGUAUGAGCAGGCCUUCCAGCUGCUGCGGCGCUUCGUGCAGGCCGAGGGCCGCCGCGCCACGCUGCAGCGCCUGGUGGAGGCGCUCGAGGAGAACGAACUCACCAGCCUGGCAGAGGACUUGCUGGGCCUCGCAAAUCCCCAUGGCGGCCUGGCCUAGCCUGGGUACCAGAGAAAGGGUCAGUCGGCCAGUUGCCCAGCCAGGGUUUGGAGCACCUGCGUGACUGUAGGGUCCCUUCUAAUGCUACUGCUGACCUCCUGUCCACCCACGGGACUCUGACGCCAUACUUACAACCAGAUAUGGCUGCCCUCUCCAGGAGUCAGACAAGCACCCACAGUGUCUGCUGGGGUGCCACUGGGGGUUCUGUUCUAGAUACUAGGAUAGAGACAGAGCGUAUGGGUGACCUGCUGCAAAAGGUCGACCUCACCUUUUCCCACCGCAGAAGAGGGGCUUUCAGCCAGACCUUACCUCUUCAUUCAUAGAACAAUUCAUUACUAUUCAUUAAUUCAAUAUAAUUCAUUAAGGACCUGCUGUAUCCUAGGCAUCAUCCUGGGUGCUGCAAAUACCGUGGUGAACAAAACACACGAAUCCUGCCUGUCCCCAGUUCACACUCAGUCUGAGACUCUGAAUAUUAAGAAACAGUAAUAAAAUACUACCAGUUUUUUGAUGUGAAAAA